CGCACUCGGAUCUCCCUCUUCAACAAAUGUGCAUUCAUGCAUCCACAGACGGCUGGGAGCGUUUGCUAAGAACAUCAGAACCAGUGCUGAGAUGUGGGUACGCGUAAUUCUGACCUUCAUUUACUCUACACUUCUCCUGUCAGGAGUCAGGGCCAGUCAGUGGCUGGUGUAUUUCUCCAGGACGGACAUCUGCGUUUGGGCUGGGACCACGGUUACCCUGCCGUGCCGAUACGACUACCCCUCGCCCUACAGCUUCACUCGGUUCAUGUGGUUCCACAUCUCUGUGGAGGGCCGGCGGGAAAUCGCCUACCAUACCGACGGGAAUCAGUUGAGCCCCUCGUACAGGGACAGGGUCAAAUACUUGGGCGGCCACAAAAGAUGCAGUUUGCAGAUCGCAAACGUGAAGCUGAGCGAUGCAGGAAUGUACCAUUUCAGAUUCGAGACCGACAACCAGCAGGAGAGAUGGACGUCACCCGAUGCAGUCACACUCUCCGUCACAGAGCUUCAGGUUCACGUACAUCCACCGAGAAUUGCCAACAUGUUUGCUGCUGGUGAGACCGUCUUCCUGAGCUGUGUGGCGCGAGGCUGUGCCGCAUCUGGCAGGAACUUUGCUCUUUAUCAGAAUGGGAUCAACUUGGGGCAGUCCAGCAAGCUGUCAGCCAUCUAUAACUUUGACAGCCAGCACGCAGGCACCUACACCUGCCGCCCAAUACCCCCUCAAAACGUGCAGUCACCGGGAGUCACCCUGGCUCUUGGAUACGCUCCUCGCUACACCACGGUGCAGAUCACCCCUCGAGAAGCAGUCAGAGAGGGCGAUUCGGUGACUUUGACCUGCAGUAGUGAUGGAGCUCCGCCAGCAGAAAGUUUUGCCUGGUUUAAGGAAGGAGAGAGUGGCAGCAUGCCAGACAGCUUUAAACCGGAGCUGAGACUGUGGAGUUUGGACUACAGGGACCACGGAGAGUACUUCUGUGUGGCCCGUAACCCACUCGGCACAGACCGGUCCAGACCGCUUCUACUCAAUGUUACCUACUCCCCAAAGAACACAAUAAUCCUCAUCAGCCCUAAAGGAGACAUUAUGGAAGGUUUUGCUGUCAAUCUGACCUGCAGCAGCAACGCCAACCCUCCUGUGGAUCAAUACUCCUGGUACAAAGUGAACGGCGGGCAGCCCUGGACCAGAGGCGCCGCGCAAAAUCUCACCUUCCUUAGUGUGCGUUCCCAUCAUGCCGGACAAUACUACUGCACUGCAUGGAACGUGUUUGGCAUGGAGACAUCAGCCACUAUUUCUCUUUCAGUGCUUUAUGCCCCCAAAAACACCUCCGUGUUGGCUCAGCCUUCCCCUGUGAUCGAAGCGGGCAGCUCUCUGACGCUGACCUGCAGCAGUCAGGCCAAUCCGGCGGUGGAGAACUACACCUGGCACCGGAUCAAUACGGCUGACGCCUGGGAAACUCGAUCGGGUCCCAGCUACACCAUUGCUGAGGUCAGCCCCCGAGCCAGCGGCCAGUACUACUGCGAGGCCCGCAACCGCAUAGGGGCUCACAGCUCGCCUGUUCUGACGGUGAAAGUUCGAGGCCGAUUGAAAGUGAUCGCAUUGGCGUCUGCAGUGGGCGUGUCUAUCGGACUGAUCUCAUUGACCGUGGUCGUCAUGAUCAGUAAAAACAUGCAUCGUGUCGACAUUGAAAAUCGUGAGGAAGAAAAACAGUGUUCACCAGUAGUUGAUUUACCAAUGGAUGAAACUCUGUUCAGCGAAUCAACUUCAGAGACGUUUCUCUUCAAAAGCACAAAAAUGUCAGAUAUCCCGGAGGAGCCAGAGGAGAUGUAUGAAAGCAGUUACCCAUCCAUCGUACCCCUUAAAGAAGCUCCUCGGAGCACUGAGGAACAGAGACAGGUCAACUACAUUACGGUGCAUUUCUCUCGCAUGCCCAGUCUGGACCAGGUGCAGGUCACAAACAUACCUCUAGAUGGAGGGAAGAAGCUUAAAGAUGGUCCUGAUGUUGUUUCCACCAAGCAACCGAGAGAGGGGAUGGAAGAGUCUGGAAUCUAAAGCCAGUGAAUUGUGAAACCACACAGGGAUUUUUUCUAAACUACAUGUACUUAUAGAGCAUGUGUGGACCACUUGAUGUAGCCUGAAAGUCA